AGAAUUCGAAGUACUAUCACAUGUCUUCAUUUACUGACAAAGUUUCUUUAAGACUCCUAAAGUCUGACAAGAUUGCUUUUAUUCGGCACAAUACACGUCAUUUAUCACGUAUAUAUCCGUCGGGUUUUCGAAUAAACUCGUCAAAUUUUGAACCACAUCAUCAAUGGAUGGUUGGGAACCAAAUGGUCGCCUUAAAUUGGCAGACUUUUGACCUAGGAAUGCAAAUCGAUCAAGCCAUGUUUUCUGUUAAUGGCAGAUGUGGUUAUGUACUCAAGUCAGAACGACUGCGCAAUCCCGAAAUUAUUUCUCCAGCUAUAAAUACACAUCUGCCAACUCAAACAUUGACAAUUCAAAUAAUUUCUGCACAACAGCUCCCUAAACCCAAAGAUGCCCUCGCAGACGAAGUAAUUGAUCCAUUUGUUGAAGUAGAAUUGCUCAUUCCCGGUGCUGAUGCUACAAAGAAAAGGACUUACACCAUCACCGAUAACGGUUUUAACCCUACGUGGAAUGAAACUUUAAAAUUUACAUUGAAUUGUGAAGAAAUGAGCUUGGUAUUUUUGCGAUUCGUUGUUUGGAAUGAAGAUGUUAGGAGUAAUGAUUUUAUUGCAUCUUAUUGCAUUCCCGUAACUAGUUUACAAUUUGGAUAUCGUCAUGUUCCACUAAGCGAUUUUAAUGGCGAGCAGUAUCUUUUUACUACGCUAUUUAUUCGUUCUUCGCUCGAAUUUACUCCCGCGU